AUGGGCGAUCCAGAAUUAGAAGCAAUAAAAGCUAAAAGAUUAGCACAACUCAAAUCGCACUAUGGCGAUUCUGAUGGAGACAGUAGAAAUGCUCAAGCGGCACAGGAAAGAGAAGAAAGAGCUAAUGAAAUUAGACAUAGUAUAUUAUCUCAAAUUUUGGAUCAAUCAGCUAGGGCCAGACUUAAUACUCUAAUGAUAGGAAAACCAGAAAAAGGAAAAAUGGUUGAAAAUAUGUUGAUUCAAAUGGCUCAAACUGGUCAGUUACCAGGAAAAAUAAGUGAAGGAGAAUUAAUUAAAAUAUUAGAAAAUGUUAAUAGACAAACUAAUAAAACAACUACAGUUAAGUUUGAUCGAAGAAGAGCUGCUAUGGAUGAUUUCGAUGAUGAUUUGUAG